AUGGGUGAUCACUACGGUUUCUCUUUGACAACCUUCUCUCCAUCGGGAAAAUUGAUGCAAAUCGAAUACGCAUUGAAUGCCGUCAAAAAUGGUCAACCAUCAGUUGGACUUCGCGCCAAAGACGGAGUUGUUCUUGCUACAGAAAAUCCAUCAUCGAUAAUUUCAGAAGAUCAACCAAAAAUUGAGCAGAUUAGCAAACAUAUCGGAUGUGUUUACAGUGGAAUGGGACCGGAUUCGAGAAUUCUUGUGAAGAAAGCCAGAAAAAUUGCGAUGGAAUAUGAGAUGAUGUAUGGCGAAGAAAUGCCAACAACUCAAUUGGUUACUGAAUUGGCUGCAGUCAUGCAAGAAUAUACACAAUCUGGGUAAGUUUUGCUAACUUAUUAUGUGAAAUAACUAUUAUUUUUCAGAGGAGUUCGUCCAUUCGGAGUUUCACUUUUGAUUGCUGGUUGGGAUAAGAAUCCAGGCCGCCCACUUUUAUUCCAAGCUGAUCCAUCUGGCGCAUAUUUUGCAUGGAAAGCAACCGCUUUGGGUAAAAAUGAUGUGAAUGCGAAAACAUUUUUGGAGAAAAGAUUCAGCGAAUCGCUUGAAUUGGAUGAUGGAAUUCAUACCGCUUUGUUGACAUUGAGAGAAUCUUUCGAUGUUGGAAUGAAUGAGGACAAUGUUGAGGUAAGAAAAUAUACAAGAAGCCUUCAGAAGCCUUUGCUUCAAAAAUAAUUUCGGUCAAAAUUAGAAGCAUAGCUAAACUUUGUGACUUCUGAAAUUUAUACCCAACAUACAUCUUUUUGAGGUUCAUUUCCAUUUGGAAAAAUGAAAAAUGAGAAAUGUUCACUUUAAACCGGAAAUUAAAUUAUUUCUAGUUCAAUAAAUUCAUGUCACGCAUAAAUUUAUAAUAUUUUUCGCAGGUUGCUAUUUGCAAUGCUUCUGGAUUCCAUCGCCUCACAAAACAACAAGUCAAAGAUCACCUCGGAACCAUCUAA